CGUCCUUAAAAUUCAUUACGAAUUUAGAACUGCAGGAUUGCGAAGAUGCGUUACUUAAAAUUAAUUUUAUGUGCGACAUGCGUGCAUGUUAUUUUGUGUGUGCCAACACCGAACCAAGUUUUGUCAUCAAAGAUUGACACCGUCAAUUUAGAAUUGGCUCUACUAAGAAACGAACAAGUUCAAACUAAGCAAGAGCUUAUUGAGGCGAAAACGGAGAUUAGAAGAAUUCAAGAAAAUCAGACAGACAGAUACGUGAUUCUACUGAGAGAGGAUGUGACCCUUCUGAAAUCAAAGUUGGUCAACGUCAACGCCGCACUAGAACAACGAAUGGCGAGUUUGAAAGAAACUGUCUCAGGAAUCAACACAUCACUUGAGGAAAAAUGCCAGUCUGGGGAGUUUGGACCUCACCAUAACCCACGUCCGUCUUACCCUGUGACCUUGACCAUCAACUUUCAGCCGGCCUUCAAGAGCAAGCCGGCUAUCGUUUAUGGACUGAAGGUCUUGGACUCUGCCCAUAAUACAAAUGUCCGUGUUAGCGGGUCAAUUACGGAGAUGACCAAUGCAUAUUUUAAGUUUAAGAUCUCGGAAUGGGCCGAUACUGUUAUGUAUGGCGCCAAAUUUUCGUGGAUGGCAUGUCCGAAAACAAACACCUAACUUGAUGAUUGUGAUGUACACUCAUCCAUUUAUUAUGCCUUUUAACAACGUUUGUAAUACAUGUACUCUAAAUCUGACAUAAAAUGUAGAGUUAUAUCCGUUUGCGACGAGAAAAUAAUAUUAAUAGACGAAAGUUGUAACUCGCAUUCGGUGCUCCCACCAGACACAUUCAUUUUAUUGAAUAACGUAAACAUGGUUGUCUUAUUUUGAACUUGAUUCAAAAAAUACUUUGAUAUAUGUUUGAUCUCACGUCAACAGGAACCAUUAUUACUUUAGAUCAUCUAGUAGAAUGCUAUAGCCAGCUACCCCCUACCCUGCUUUAAAGGAUUUCCUGAUAUCCAGUCUAAGGCUUGACUUGAACAGUACCUUGCUCGGUUAGCCACAGUACUGGUGUUUGUAUGUGCCAUCGGAUCAGAUUUGUUCCAUCAGCACUAGAAUCACAUACAAGAUUUUUGUUUUCAGUCUCAUUAAUCCCUCUCAGAAUAACUGUGCACUGUUGUGUUAUGGAUGUAGUACCCGACUUCAGAACCAGUGUACACAGUGUUAACACGUUAAGUUUAUAUGCUAUAUAUAAAUCGGUCAGAGAAUCCUCAUGUAAACUGUAAUUACUCAUUUGGCAAAAUCCCUGAAAGUCAAACGUGUAUUUCUCAUUUUGUUUCAUGAUAAAGAGUCAUUUGAAUAACGUAGAUUAUUUUCCAUCUAAAUCUCAAGAGGAAAAUGUGAUCUUUCCUCUUGAGUUCAUCAAUUAACAAAAAUAGAAGUUUGGUUCUUAAUGUGUUUGUACAGUAAUUGACGUCAUGCACAUAACACAAAUUAUGACGCCAUCGAACCGGAUGUAAAAUUACAGUUUAAAAGAAAGUACAACAUAUAUUGUUAACAGAAUACGAAUCCUCUCAGUAUGAUGUUGGAAUCCGGUCGUUGUGUGCUUGGAAAUAAUUAAUGAGUUACAUUUUAAGUGAGAAUAAUGAUAUAUAAAUUUAUUCAUGGAUUGAUGAUUGUAUUGUUUAUUUGAUUUCUUUUCACAUGGUCUAUUGGAGCCUUACUAUCUAAUCUAACUUUAAACUUGUGAUUCUGAACACAGGUCUAAGCUAAUCUUUUAGUACGUACUUUACUUAUCAACGAUAUUUUAACGAUUGGAUAAUAUGUCUUGUUUCGAAUUUUUCCGGAUACUACACAUCUGUCAUGCAUAAAGCGCAGCAAAUGACAUUGCUUGUGUUAUAAGGCUCAUAAACAUCGCAGGAACAAACAACUGAUAAUAUAUCUUUUUCCUAUGUUUUACCAAAGGAAAACAACAUUUGAUGAAUUAAUCUGGCACUCUUCAUCAUAAAAAACACAAUUGUAUUCAACUGGUCCAGGAACAUGUUAGUAAGCUCGGUAAAAGUAGUGCAACAGAAUAUCGUUCAACGCAGUCAUGCUUAAUCUUAAUACAAACAUAAAUGAACAUAGCUUUUUGUAGCAUAUACUCCCGUCGGAUUACUAUCCUGCGAAUUAAUACUAGGCAACCCAAGAACCGGUCUAACACAAUUGAUUUCAGUGUUUAACAUUUAGAAUAUCAAUAUAUUUUGAAGGACAAGAAUCCAACGUUAUUACUAAGCGAGUAUAUGUAAGUGUACGUGUUGCAGAAAGGUGCACUAUUCUAUUCAGUGUAUUCCUCUCUAUUUGGAAUACUUUUCUGACAUUGAAACUAAUUCUAUAGUUUCUCGGUGUUUAAAGUCAUAAGUAUAGCCCAAGUUUACCGUAAAACUAGUAGAAAAGUAUGACUGCGCAGAACGAUAUUCUGUUGCACUAUUUUUACCGAGCUUACUAAUAUGUAUGUAUGUAUAUGUUUAUUGCAUGAAAACAUUAUACAACGUUUUUAGCAAAAACAAACAGUGAAUGGAGAAAAGUACAUGUACAUGUACAUUGAAAAUUUUCAAGAAUAUAAACAAACAGGAAAGAUGUGACAUCCUGCGACAAUUGAAUAAAUGUUAGUAACAUUAACAGUAAACAUUUGUAGGCAUUAUCAUAAAUAUAAAAAGACGUUUAAUUUAAUAAAGAGUGUCUACGCUGAGUAGCAAAGAAAAUAAAUUUUGACAAAUUGUAUAUUGUUGUUCUAUGAUUACUAUUCAUAAUAUUUUCAAAUUUGUUAA